AUGUGCCUUGCUCAUCACGAAAUCCAGAAAUUGUUAUUUUCCGAGACGUUAUUUUGUUUUCCUUCAGUAAUCUCGUAGUCACCACACAGACGGAAAGAUUAUGUCGAUUGCACAUGAAGACAAGUGCGAAAAGGCAAUAAAAGCCUUUAGCCAACAGUUACAAUGUGUUAUAUGUUUGAAGCUCCCGACAUCCACGAAAAUAUGUCCCUAUUGUUCGGUGUUGUUUUGCAGUCAAUGCAUCAUGCAAUGGUUACUAACGUCAGACCGGACCUCCGAUAGCGAAGAAGAUGAUGUGUAUAGAUCGAAUUGCCCUCACUGCAGAAAAGAGUUGAGACACAAUAUGCUCAUACGGUUGACUAGCUUCGAUAAAAUCGGGAAACUGGGACCCGUAUUGGAACGGAUUAGCCACGAGACUAACAACACAACAGAUACCUCUGACUACAACCUCGAAGAAGACACGAUUCCGAAGCCAAAAUAUACAGUUGGUCAUUUCAUUCUGAAAAAUUUUGCACCUGGGAUACGUCCUUUCAGGAUAUAUUCCCAGAAGGUUACCGAUGAUCUUGGGUCGACGUGGAGAUUGGAAGUGAAUCCACGAGGAUCGCACCAAACCCAGAAUCACUGGAUAGGUACACAUAUUCAGCUCGUCAAAGGACUUGAGGGAAAGUAUGAAUUUAUAAUCGAAAUGCUAAAUGGAUGCCCAAAACGAAUAGUUUUUUCGGAAACGGAUUGCAAAAAGGGAGUUUCCAACGGUACAAAUAGAUUCAUCGAUAGCAGAAAUAUUCAGAGUGGCAGUCCAAUUGAUUUAAAGUUUCGAUUCUUCGUUAGACCGACCUCCUACGAAGUGAAAGCAAAACUUCAAAAAAGCCUUCUGGAUAAACUUAAACUUCAAGAUGAACGCUAUAAAGGGCAUCCACAAAAUUUCGAAUACUUUCUUAACGAUUUCUCAGAGUUUAACAAACAUAGUGAAGAAUCAUCCCAUCAUCGAACACACACCGAUAAUUUGGGAAAUGUUUGGAAAUUUGGACUAGACACGUCGGACCCGGGAAAAAUUCUCAAAUUCAAACUACAUCUUACUGACGAAGGAUACACAGGAUUAUAUGAUAUUUGUUUGGAACUAGACCAUGAAGAAGCAGAGUGUACCAAGAAACUGACAAAACAACAUCUGUUUAGAAGAAAUAUGACAGCCAUAAUCAACAUGCAAAUACGUUGGAACCAGCUGGACGAAUUUGGAUUCACCCAUUUUGAAGACGAUUACCUGGAAAUCAAAGUAACUAUUUGGCCAGUCCAUAUAGAUUUGCGUGAGUUGCAGGGGCAAAUUUCUGACGAUCGCAAUCCCGAUCCUGAAUAUGAGGAUGAAGAAUAUUUGUAUUGAAUAGACUGCUAUGGAAACUUUAUCAGACGUGAUAUAAUAAACUGUUAUAUAUGAAAACUA